ACUCACACACAUAUACGCACACACACACUCAUAGCAAUAGGGGACUCAAUCUCAUCCAAGGGCCUGGAGGAACGCUGUGAUCGCAUCCUGAGGGAGAUGGAGGGCUCGCUGACGGCGCGGGACCGGGUGGGCAUCCAGGACUUUGUGCUGCUGGACAACUACACCAGCGAGAGCGCCUUCCUUGACAACCUGAGGAAACGCUUCCACGAAAAUCUCAUUUAUACCUACAUCGGGACUCUCCUUGUCUCAGUCAACCCUUAUAAAGAACUAGGCAUCUACUCCAAAAAGCAGAUGGAUGUAUACAUGGGAGUUAACUUCUUCGAACUGCCACCACACAUCUUUGCACUCGCAGACAAUGUUUACCGCACCAUGCUCAGUGAAACAAACAACCACUUCAUCCUGAUCUCGGGUGAGAGCGGGGCGGGGAAGACCGAGGCCUGCAAAAAGGUCCUGCAGUUCUACGCCGUGAGCUGCCCAAGUACCCGGGUACUGGACAAUGUCAGAGACCGCCUGCUCCUCUCCAACCCUGUUUUAGAGGCUUUUGGAAAUGCAAAAACACUGAAGAAUGAUAAUUCAAGCCGCUUUGGGAAGUACAUGGACAUACAGUUUGAUCACAAAGGUGGAGCGGUCGGAGGCCAUAUUCUCAACUAUCUGCUGGAGAAGUCCAGGGUGGUGCACCAAAACCAUGGCGAGAGGAACUUCCACAUCUUCUACCAGCUGGUGGAGGGUGGGGAGGAUGAGUUACUGCGGUGGUUGGGCCUAGAGAGGGACUGCCAGAAGUACAGCUACCUCGUUCGGGGUAACUGUGCCAAGGUGAGCUCCAUCAAUGAUAAGAGUGACUGGAGGACUGUGCAGAAAGCUUUUACUGUGAUUGACCUCAGUGAAAGCGAUGUGGAGCACCUAUUGGCGAUCAUUGCUAGUGUUCUUCACUUGGGAAAUGUCCAGUUUGAGAAAGGUGUGAGGGGUUAUGCUGCCCUGAACAACAGCCUUGAAGUACACUGGCUUUCGAAGCUGCUUGGGAUUCCGCCACAGAUUUUGCAGCAGGGUUUAACUCACAGGAAGAUUGAAGCCAAAUCUGAAGAGGUACUCAGUCCCUUCACCACAGACCAUGCAAAAUGCGCCAGGGAUGCACUCGCCAAAGCCAUCUACGGCCGCACAUUCAACUGGCUGGUGGGCAAGAUCAAUGAGUCCUUGGUUAACAAGGAUUCAACAAGGAAGACCGUCAUUGGCCUGAUAGAUAUCUAUGGAUUUGAAGUUUUCCAAACCAAUAGUUUUGAACAGUUCUGCAUAAACUACUGCAAUGAGAAGCUACAGCAGCUCUUCAUCCAGCUGACACUGAAAUCUGAGCAGGAGGAGUAUGAAACAGAAGGGAUCGAGUGGGAACCAGUGCCAUACUUCAACAACAAGAUCAUCUGUGACCUCGUGGAAGAAAAACACAGAGGCAUGAUCUCCGUCUUGGAUGAGGAAUGCUUGCGUCCUGGAGAGGCCACCGAUCUCACCUUCCUGGAGAAACUGGAGGAGACGUUGAGUGGACACCCUCACUUCAUCACGCAUAAACUGGCAGACCAAAAGACCAGGAAGACCCUUGAUCGAGGAGACUUCCGUUUGAUUCAUUAUGCUGGGGAGGUCACAUACUCCGUUCAGGGAUUUCUGGAUAAAAACAAUGAUCUCCUGUAUAGAAACAUAAAAGAGGUGAUGCGUCAGUCCCAAAAUAACAUCAUCAAGCACUGCUUUCCAGCCAGUGAACCUGACAGCAAACGAAGACCAGAAACGGUAGCCACACAGUUCAAGACUAGCCUCGUGGGCCUAACGGAGAUCCUGAUGUCGAAGGAGCCCUGGUAUGUGCGUUGUGUGAAACCCAACGAUGGCAAACAGCCAGGACGAUUUGAUGAUGUAAUCGUGAGACACCAGGUAAAGUACCUGGGGCUGAUGGAACAUCUCCGGGUCAGGCGGGCAGGCUUCGCCUACAGGAGGAGAUACGAGGUCUUCCUACAGAGGUAUAAGCCCCUGUGUCCAGACACUUGGCCAAACUGGAAAGGAACCGCAGCUGAAGGUGUGCAAAUGUUGGUCAAACACCUGGGAUACCAAAAAGAGGAAUACAAGAUGGGCAGAACAAAAAUCUUCAUCCGUCAUCCGAGAACCUUAUUUGCCACUGAAGAUGCAUUUGAUGUUUGCAAACAUCAACUGGCUACCAGGAUCCAGGCGAAGUAUAAAGGGUACCGCGUGAAAGGGGACUUUCUCAAGCAGAAGGAGGCUGCCACAAAGAUCGAGAACUGCUGGAGGGGUAUGAUGGCCAGGAAAGAGAAGGAGAAAAGAGCAUGGGCUGUCAAAGUCAUUAAGAAGUUUAUCAAAGGUUUCAUGACCAGAAACCAGCCAGUGAAUGUGGACAACUCAGAGUACUUGGCGUUUGUGCGCCACAACUACCUCAUGAGACUGAAGGAGAAUCUGCCCAAAACUGUUCUGGAGAGACACCUCUGGCUCACUCCUCCUCCCAUCAUGAAGGAGGCCUCAAAACUAUUACGCAAACUCUACACUCGCCACAUGGUGUGGAAGUACGUAAAAGGAAUGACUGCACCGAGAAAAGCACAGCUUCAGCUGAAAGGACUGACCAGUGCGCUGUUUAGAGGCAAGAAGGAGAACUACCCCAGCAGUGUGGGACGCCCAUUCGCCGACACAAGGAUAAAUGAACAAGACAUCAACAUUAAAGUCUUGCAGACACUUUGUCAGGAGGGUGUAAAGUAUGGUGUUCCUGUCAUCAAGUACGACCGCAAUGGCUUCAGGCCCCGUUUCAGGCAGCUUGUCUUCACACAGGUCGCUGCCUACCUGGUGGAGGAGGGUAAGGUCAAGCAAAGGAUGGAGUACAGCUCACUGAAAGGUAUAUCUGUGAGCAACCUGAGUGACAACUUCCUAAUUUUCCAUGUGUCAUGUGAUGCCAAGCAGAAGGGGGAUGUUGUUCUGCAGUGUGAUUAUCUGUUUGAAGCCCUCACUAAACUGUGUGUGGUGAUGAACAGGAAAAGCAUCAUCAGCAUCGUUCAGGGAAGUGUAAGAUUUGACAUACACCCUGGCCGGGAGGGGUUUGUGGACUUUAAGAGUGGUUCAGAGUCCAUGGUAUACCGGGCCAAGAAUGGUCAUCUUAUGGUGGAAUCGACAAAGACAAAAUCCCGAUGACCCCCAAGCACUGGAGAUAAGAUGCACUUACAGCGCCUCCAAAAACAGCCUCAGUCCCAUCUCAUCUGGUCAUUUGACUUCAGACUGAAAACAAGUAACUCCAAGAUGGCUGCCAAGCCAUGUCCAUCCAUAGACUUUUUUUCUACAAAUCCGUGGACAGUGGUGUGAUGUUAUGAUUCAAGAUGCCCUCACCAACAUCUGUAUAUCUCCACUGAGAACAAAAACACAGCUACUCACUGCUAUCAUCAAGUAGUUAUUAUAAUACAAAUACAUGCUCCAUGGCGCAACAUUAUUGUUAAAGCCACAUUCUGCUUGUUUAGAGACAUAAGACAGAGCAACAACCCUAUACACUUUGGUCAUGCAGGUCAUGCAGUUCUCUUGUAUAAACUAGACAUCACAAAAUGGCAGUAAUGUUAAAUCUAAUGAUAAUAACAAUAAGAUACAUAAACUGACCAAAAAUUGAGACAAUUAUGUUUUUAUUUUGUUUUGGCAAUCUUUGUGUAGUCAGAAUUAUUUUCCUCAAGAUUUUAAAAUUACCAACACCAAGAAUAAGGUCAGUACACAUACUGGUGCAAAACUGUGUUUUAAGCGUGUUUAAAAGUGUAAUACUUUUUCUGUUGUAUAGGUUUGGAGAAUCAUAUUUGUCUCACUCCAUAGCAAUGUUAUAUUUGUGUACAUGUACAGUAGCCUACAUUGUAAAACAAGUGUCACUUCUCCAAAAGCCACAUGUUAGUUUUAGUUAAUGACAAGUCUGUCCAUCCGGUUUUAUUGGCCAAAUGCCAUUGUAAUAUACUCCCUAGACUCACAAAGCCAGACACACAUUAUAAUACAUCUGAAUUAACCAGAUAGGAUGGUCUGUGGUUUACAGAUUCAGAAGGCAACACUUUCUAUGUUUAUUUGGGGAGGAAUGUCAGUUCUGAUCUUGUCUAUUCAAAGCACCACAACUGCAACUAUACUGUGUACUGUAAACUGUGGAAUUGGACAGAAGUAUUCCCUCAGAUCCGUCCCUCAUCACUACACAAGUUCAUUUUCAAAAGAUGUCAAAAUACUGUACAGGUUGUAAGACAUAACUAUGCUAUUUUAUGAACUAGCCAUGUGUAUCAUACUUUUAUACUUCCACCAAGAACCUGCUUUACAAUAAAGACAAGACCAAAAGUCAUACU